AUGACUGCCGAAUCCUCUCAACAACAACAGCAGCUGGCCGACCCUCCCAUCGACCAGAUGGAUCACGAUCUCGACCAGGAUGCCCAAGAGGCUACCACUUCACUGCCAAACAUCAUCCCCGACUCCCAAUUGUCGCCCGACACCUACCGAUUCCCCUCAGAACGGCUCCUGCGAAGGCAAAGGCAUGAGGGCAAGCAACCUCUGGUUCUGGUAGCUUGCGGUUCCUUCAGCCCCAUCACCUAUCUCCACCUGCGCAUGUUCGAGAUGGCCUCCGACUACGCUCGCUUCAACACCAAGUACGAAAUCGUGGGCGGCUUUCUGUCUCCCGUGUCCGAUGCAUACAAGAAACCCGGCCUGGCACCCGCCAAGCACCGCAUUCAGAUGUGCUCCUACGCCGCAGAGAAGACCUCGGAGUGGCUGACCUGCGACCCAUGGGAGGCCAUUCAACCCCACUACUUCCCCACUGCCCAAGUCCUCGACCACUUCGACCACGAAAUCAACCAUGUCAUCGGUGGCUGCGAGGACGUGCAUGGCAACAAGCAGCCCGUGCGCAUCGCGCUGCUCGCUGGGGCGGAUCUCAUCCAGACCAUGAGCACCCCCGGUGUCUGGUCCCUUGCGGAUUUGGAUCACAUCUUGAGGAAAUUCGGUGCCUUCAUAAUAGAGAGGACAGGCACCGAUAUUGACGAAGCUUUGGCGGGCUUGAAGGAAUACAAGGACAAUAUCCAUGUUAUCCCCCAAGUGAUCACUAACGAUGUUUCUAGCACCAAGGUUCGUCUGAUGCGUAAAAGGGAUCUGUCUCUCCGGUAUGUUGUACCGGACUCGGUCAUCGAGUACAUCCACCACCACGGUCUCUACCGGGAGUAG